CUUUGAAGCUCUGUGCCUCCAUUUCCCCAUCUCACAGGAUGUUGUGAGGGUCAGCUCAUUAGUGUAUCCACAGUGCUUAUGUGGUAGGAUUCUGGGAAGCCAUGGUUAGCCACAAGGAAGACCAGAAAUGGGCUGACUGUUUGGAGAACCUGAUACAUCAUAACAGUGGGCUGGCUACUUUCCAGGCUUUCCUCAAGUCUGAGUACAGCAAGGAUAUCGAGUUCUGGGUGAGCUGCAAGGAGAACAAGAAUACCAAAUUGCCAGCCAAGCUUAGCCCCAAGGCCAGGAAGAUUUACAAUGAGUUCAUCUCUGUGCUGGCUACUGGCAAAGUGAACUUGGAUUCCUGCAUGGAAGUGAUCAGCCACAAGGCUCAGAAAAGAAUCUUCAUCCUCAUGGAGAAGGAUUCUUACUGCCUGGUGGCAGGGAGCCAGACCACCUCACUACACCACCACUUCCUCAAAUCUCGCUUCUACCUCAACUUGGUCAGUCCACCUGCAACCACAUGUGGGACUCAGAACCACAAAAGAGCUACAUCUGCUGCCUUAGCCUGCUCCUCCCCUCUGGUCUCUCAGUACGUUUAGCUCUGAGAGGUGAGCAGGUAGAUCUCCUGGGACUCUCUGGGGAUGCAUGCCAGCAAAGCACUCCUUGGCAUGAAACACUGUUGCCAAGAGCUGCUUGCGGUCCCUACCUGUACCCACUAUCUAAC